ACCAGCCCCUUCCGAGCAUUUUGCCUCCCAACCUUUGCCCGUGGCAUUGACCUGUGUGCGUAUCUCAUCAGGACAAGCUGCAGCCCAAAUGUUCAGGAUCUGAGCACUCCAUUCAAGUGAGAAACCUCCUCUCACCUAGUUGAGUCCCUAGGACCUAUGGCUGCCUGCACUCUCCCCUUUUCGGGGAACUCUCUAGGAAGAUGGCUGGGACAGGUGGCGAUGGUCCUUAUUCUCUUGGUAUCUCUUUGGGGUGAGUUGAGCCUUGUCGUCUCUUUUAAGUUGCAUAUUAGCAAAUGGGUGCCUGCAACUCUUUCUGUCACUGCUGUUGUUCCACCAUCAGUGCCUACAAAAUCCCACUGCUUGGCUGUUAAAGAUCCCACUAGAUCAGCAGUGGCUAGAAGAUGGUUGCAAGGGGAAUGAUGACCCACUGGACUAAUUCUGGUGGACCAUAUGGUGCCUGCUGGUUGCUGGAGCUCUUGGAAAGAAAGAUGAAGUAGGUAGCUUUUUGUCUGAUCCAGCAAACCUGAUAGGAUGAGAAAUUGGAUUGUGGUCUACUUUUGGCUGGUCUGGUGUCUGAUAGUUAUAGGGAUUCUUGCAAAGAAUGCUUGACUUGAUGAAUGAAACUUUUUUUUGUACUUAAGCACAAAUCAAUACUCUGGAUUCAGGAGUGCUUAGUUAUACCCUACUAUUAAUAGAUCUUGAGUAUAUAAUCUGGCUUUUUGCAAUGCAUUGGUAGACUGCAAAGGCUCAAUCAUCACAGUAUAUAAAAAAACCAACCAUGAAAAUCUAAAGUCAGCCCUCUCCAGGUUUAGUCUUAUUUAGUCUUAUUUCAGGAUAAGUGAAAAACAAACUGAUGGGUAUAUGAGCAUGUGCAGCGUGUUCUCACCACUAAUUAACUUUUGCUCCUGUAGGAUUCAGAUAGAGCCUUCAUUAAGUGCUGCUGCUAUAAACUGAAGACUAGGACAUGUUCAUUUUAUCUCCAGUUAUAGAAAGGGAGACUGUAGAUUAGUACAGUGGUACCUCGGGUUAAGUACUUAAUUCGUUCCGGAGUUACGUACUUAACCUGAAAUGUUCUUAACCUGAAGCACCACUUUAGCUAAUGGGGCCUCCUGCUGCUGCCACGCCGCUGGAGCACAAUUUCUGUUCUCAUCCUGAAGCAAAGUUCUUAACCUGAAGCACUAUUUCUGGGUUAGCGGAGUCUGUAACCUGAAGCAUAUGUAACCUGAAGCGUAUGUAACCCGAGGUACCACUGUAUGAGGAAAAGUAACUUGUGUGUUCCUUCUUAACUGGGGGAAGAGGGAGAGGUAGACCAUAUACGCUAGCCAUGUAAGUCGUUCAUAGGGUGGCUACAUGUCCUUACAUGUCUUUUCCCCAGGCACAUUAUGAGAGCAGCAAAAUAACCAGACUGUACAACGGUGAUGGCAUAAAAUCAGGCCAAUUCUUUAUUGACAGCAGCAGUCAAGGCAAGGGUUGGCAUGGCAUCAGGUCCCAGGAUCAGUUCAUCAUUCCACAAGCCCCAUGUUGAUGGAAUGGAUCCGCUGGUUUUGGAUCGCUCCAAACCUGUAUAAUGGGAGUCGUCCAGUGUUGAACCUUGCCGUGGUGCAAGUCAAGCAAGCAAAUUCUCACUGGGGGACCAGGGUGCAGAUUCCAAUACUGAACCCACGCUUAGGUUUGCCAUGGUCAAUUCUCCCCUCAGGCCCCUUAUGGGGGUCCCCCAUACAAUGUUGAUCCUGACCAAUGCCAUUUCUGCCCUCAUACAAACAACGUUCUUCCACCUAACAAAGAAAAAACAUAAUUUCACUGAGGGAAAAGUGAAAAAAAACAACCCCAACCAAGUGCCAAUCAGUUUGAGAGAGAAAAGUUCCUUUCUGGCCCUGUCAACAAGUGACUCAGAAUUGCUCAACAAAGGCUCUAACCUGAGGGUGGGCAGAUGGGAAUCUCUCAAAGCAAAAUGGCUGUGAGCUCCAGCGGAAGCAGCCUUAUAUAUGCUUUUCCCUCCCCUCUUCAGCAAGGGCGCAUGGGACAGCUUUUUCCCAUGAGCCCAUCACACAGAGAAGAUACUGGGCAAAACCUUGCCCAAUGGAGUAUAUAAUGGGUGAGAUUUUCUAUCUCACAUACCCCACAAAUGCAAAGUCUUAAAGGGAUUUAGCCUCUGCUCAGACCAACCAUCUGUGUCUGGUCAAGCAUUCUGACAAAGGGAUGUUCCAGACAUCGGCGAACUAUGUCUCACAUGGUAAAGCAUCAGAGCCAGUGUGGUGUAGUGGUUAAGAGCAGUGGACUCAUAAUCUGGCGAACCGGGUUUGCUUCCCCGCUCCUCCACAUGCAGCUGCUGGGUGACCUUGGGCCAGUCACACUUUUCUGAAGUCUCUCAGCCUCACUCACCUCACAGAGUGUUUGUUGUGGGGGAGGAAGGGAAAGGAGAUUGUUAGCCGCUUUGAGACUCCUUAGGGUAGUGAUAAAGCAGGAUAUCAAAUCCAAACUCUUCUCUUCUUCUAAUGGGCUAUAACAAAUCUGUCAGCCACUAGUGACAUUUAGACUGGCUUCCUGGGACACUUGCUGGGAUAGAAAUAAGGAACACCACACAAUCAGAAUGGAAUCAGAUCAGGCCACAACUUUGUUGACUGCAGAUGAAAAGGUUUAGCAUAGGCAAUGGGUAACCAUUUACUUCUGGCCAGCCUGCCAGAAAUGACAUCAAGGGUCAACUCAGCAGUGGGGAUUCCUAUGACUUGCAUCAAAUAGUGGGAUCCCCACAGGGGAGCACUGUGGCCCAAGCCCCCAUCUGGACAUAUGGACAGAAGCAACUCCUUCCCAGAUCCCUUUAAUGGGGUAGCCUUGUUCAGGUGGGGGAGGCAGAAGCUACAACCUCCCCUCCAUCCAAGACUAAGGUCGCCCAAUGCCUAAACCACCAAAAUUUGUGAUGAUUGCUAUAAGAUAGGCAAAACCAUUCAGACCAGUGCAAAUUUGUCUGAUGGGCGAAUUCCAACCAAGCCCUGAAUACAGCAACCAACAUUGCCAUAGCAAGGCCAAAGCUGUUAGGAAAGUAUUGUUGGGUUGGUUGAUCCAACGAGGAGAACCAGGUGUCAGGACUGGCACAAAGUGCCUUACAUCUCCAGGGAGCAGACCUGAGGGAAAUCUAACUGCUCUGUCAGGACAUCCCCCAAGGGCAGUCAUAUAGGGAGGACCCAGAUAAGACGGGGAUCAUUGCCAGAGGGAGGGUUUUUAAAAAACAAAACAAUCUGGAGGAACAGGGCUACCCAGGAACUAUGUCGAGAAAUCCAAACAUAAAGGUACAAAUCCAGAUGGAAGAGGUUCUCAGGGCCAGAAACAAUUGUACACCUGUAGUUGCUUUCUAAAAGGGAGUGGAAGGCUCCAGGGAACAGCGCUGGUGUAAAGAAGAGCAAUCACCUCUUGUUGGAGCUCACCAUUGCACUAAAGCUUUCCGGGUUUGCUACUAGUGUACUAAUAAUGUUAGCAGGGUUUCAGAGCAAGGUCUCUCAUAGAUCAAAUCAGUCAGUGAGCUAUGCUCAUCUUUUUCUAGUUUUGCACUGCAUGAGAAAGUGUCCUUUGUCCAGAGGUUAUGAAAUCUGAGGCUUGCUCAAUGUUUCAGAGAACCAUCUAUUUUGUUUGAAAAAGAACAAUGCUGAUAGUGCAAAGUUUUUUGAGAUGUUGCUGGAUUUGUUUGUCUUUUUUUUUAAAAAAAUAGUCAUAGGAACACAAAUGCAAGUCGGUAAGAAUUAUUUCUACUUUGGGCAGUAAGCUUAUAAACCAAUCUUGCUUACCGCAAGGAAAUUAGGAAAUUCAAUGUGCAGAGAGAUUCCUAAGGAACUCAGUUUAUUUCCAAACCUUUGGAAUAAUUAAUUUGAUUGUUCAUUAUUCUAAUUUGAUGUCUAUCCAUAUGUUGCUAUCUCAUUUAGAGAGCUAUCCUUUGUUCUGUUGAAGGAUAGCUGAGGGGCCGUAGGACACUGUGAACUUGCCUUGCCACUUGCCUUUACAGAGGCCUUCUCAAGGUGGUGGAGGAAAGCUCUGUUGGUGCUUUUCUAUGCAUGCAAAACCAGAAAUGGGAGCAGGACAGAAGAGGCUAUGAAUCUGCCUUACCUUUCUCCAGACUGGCCCCAGGCCGAUUGUGAAAAGAUGCCAGACCUAGAGCCGUUGUUGUGAAAUCCCUCCAAUUGUCAUCAGUGGGAUGAAUUUUUGAGAAUGGAUGGAAAAGAGCAGAAAAGGCUGCCUCCUCACACUCCACCUGGCCUAGCUGGUGUGAGCCAUUGCAACUCUGGAUGUUGUGGUGGUCCUGUAGUAAUUUUUCCCCCAACCAGGAAGCUGGUUGGAUUGCUCUACCCAUUAAUCAACUUUUUGGGGGGGGGGGGCUGAUUUUCCUCAUUUAAACUCUGCAUUUUUUUCAAGAUGUCUCUUUUGCCAAUAUUUAUCCAUAACAUCCUUAUAUUUGUCAUCUUUCAAUAUUUUAAAGCUAAAGAGAGAUUGAAAGAUCAAGAAGUAGGCAGACAACUGAAGGAAAAAACUCAACCAAAGAGUAGAUCACAGUUGACUACCACCCCAUGACUUUGCAGAUUUUUUGCAGUUUCGACUAUAUACAUAUGCAAUUAGCAGAGGCACAUAUUGGCUAAAACCCAUUACAGUACAGUGGUACCUCGGUUUUUGAAUGUCUCCAUUGAUGAACGUUUUGGAACUCAAAUGCCAUAAACCCAGAAGUAAAUGCUUUGGUUUUCGAACACUUUUAGAAGUCAGACGUGCCACACGUUUUCCAUAUUGAGUUUUCCAUUAAAAAAUGCUUCCGGAAGUAAAUGCUUUGGUUUUUGAACGUUUUGGAACUCGAACAGUCUUCUGGAACGGAUAACGUUCGAAAGCCAAGGUACCACUGCAAGCCAAGGCAGCCUGAGGGAAGCCUGCCAUAACCACUGCUGGGAGGCAAGCUGAGGAGAAGACAAUAAAAUAAGAGGGAAGGUGGUGUUGAAUUGUUUCUUUAAAUGUGAAGGUUCAUCAUUGUUCCACCUGAUGUGUAUGUCUUUAAGGGGCCAGAGCAAGGGCCAGAGCAAAUUAACGAGACCCAGCUUUACAGCUGUGAAACAUAGCAGGUGCUGCUGAGUUGUAUUGAUUAAGCUGUGUCAGCAAUUGGGUGUAGUAUAUAAGGAGCAGCACCUAGCUCUCCCAUUACCCUGGGGGAUGGGUUGGUGGUUGGGUCUGGUUUGUUGUUGAUGUAUUUAGUGUAUAAGGAGUUUUUGUUUUUGUAAUUAAAACCUUGUUUAAGUUAUUUUUGAGUCCCUUUUUAAUGCAUGGUCUCCCCAGCAAGCUCUCUGCAGCGCUACCAUACUGCAAAAAGCCAACAGGUGGUUCCUCCACCACACAUGGAAGGGAGCUAGGCAGACAGGAAUUCACCUGUGAGGGGUGAGAGCAAGUGAGCAGGUGGGUGAGCUGAGGCAGCCUCUGGGGAACUUGCUGUGGCUGUUGCUGCCUUGGGAGCUAAGAUGAAGGUAGGGUCAGAAAGGCUGAAGGGGAUGGGGGCUAGGCAGGCAGCAAUUCUCUUGGAUAAAAAUACCUCUGCUGCACAGAAACUGCUUCCCAAGAUGGGCCUCACCUGUUCCCCCCCUCAUAACACUUCAAUUAUAUCAUCUUUUAUAUACACAUGUGUGUGUGUGCGCGCGCAAAUUGGACUUCAGAAUAGAAGCAAAAGUGUGUGUGAGAGAGAGAGAUAAGUGGAGAUAAGUUGUCUGUGUGUGUGUGUGUGUGUGUGUGAGAGAGAGAGAGAGAGAGAGAGAGAGAGAGAGAGAGAGAUGCAAAUGUAUGGAUGUGUGCCUGGGGUGGGGGAAUACAUGUUCAGGGUGUAUUAAGGAGAGAAAGGAAGGGGGUAUGCAUGCAUGUUUGUCUGAGAAGCAGGAAGAGAUGUAGUGUGUGUGUGUAAGAGAGCUAGAAAGUUAAGGGGAAGUAGUGUACUAAGAGAGAAUUCCUUGAAUACAGGAAGGAAAGUGUACCAUGUUAGGCUGGCACAAUGUGGUCAAAUGAUUCAUGAUAGCAGGGAGCAGGGGGGAAGUGGGGUGUACCAAGGUUACAAAAUCACAGUGGGAAGGGCUAGUGGGUCUGUACCAAAUGGGAAUUUCGGGGUGGGGUCCCAAGUAGGGAAAUAAGAAAUAAGAAGAAGUGGUAUACCAAUUGUGAAUCACCCAGUAAGAGAGGGAGGGAGAGAGAGGAAGAGGGAGAGAGAGGAAGAGGGAGAGAGAGGAAGAGGGAGGGAGGGAGAGAGGGAGGGAGAGAGAGAGAGAGAGAGAGAGAGAGAGAGGGAGAGAGGGAGAGAGAGAGGAGAAGGAGAAGGAGAAGGAGGAGGAGGAGGAGGAGGAGGAGGAGGAGGAGGAGGAAAUGUAGUGUACAAAGGAUAUCGGGCAUGGAGUAGUGGAAAAGACAGUGGGGCAGGGGAAAUCAUGCUGCACGUGUUCAGAGGAGCCUCUUAAGCAAAAUCACAUACAAAAUGUGUGUGUAUUAUGAGAAAUUUGCACUGAAAUGCUGGUAAAAUUACAUGACUUUUUGUUUUAUUUUUGGUUGUUUUUGUUGUUGUUGUUUUUUAAAAAAACCAGUGUGAGGUGGAGGAGUGAAUUUAAGAUUAGAAAAAUGAGAAACCGGGAGUAACUGAAAUUUACCAUUUGCCUGUCCCUACUGGAAAAGUAGAUAAUGGCAUAGUGUGGAUAAAUGCCAAAUGUCUAUGUUCUGUGCUUUGGAAAUGAAUACUGUGACCUCUCCUGAUGUCAGAGUGUAACUGUCAAAGUUCGGAGCCUUGUGCUGUUAAUAUGUUGCAAGCCUCUUUAGCAGCAGCUACUUGUUGACAGUUUAUCAACGGGGGUGGGGGCAGAGCGAGAAACACAGGACAGUUAACUGUCAAUUGGAAGAAAUGGUCAGUUGAUGAGGGACAUGGGAAGUGAAAAUAAGAGAAAACUGAGUUGGAUAUCGGAAGCCUGAGUAUUAAGCUAUUCCAUCCUGGUGCCAAAACUUUAUUAUUAUUAUUAUUAUUAUUAUUAUUAUUAUUAUUAUUAAAUUUCAUUUAUUAAAAGACUGAGAAAAGAAGAAAGGAAAAAAGCAAGUGAAUGAAAAAAAAUAUUGUUACAAUACCAUCCUUUAAUAUACAGAUGUGUAUGUUCUUAUUAUCCUAAUAUACAUAUAAUUAUCAACAACUCAGUAUAUUCUGUGUAAACUCAUUCUAAAUGUCAUUGUAUUUAUCCAAAGAAAGUCUGCGUCCAUAAGCUGUCAAUAUACGAAUCGUGCAAAAACUUCACUUUGUUGGUGAAGGUCAGCUAAAGUCAGCUAAGUUAAGGGGGGAAGGCAGGGCUGCAUUCAGACCAUUUCAUUUUCCGGAUGUUUACUUGCCUAAUAAUUUUCAUGUAAUGUGCAAUCUUCCACAUGAUAUAAAAGCUGCUUCUGCAAACCCAGCGGAAAUUUCUAUUCCACCUUAAAGAGCAGACAUGGAACUGUUACGUGUCACAUGUCUGUUUACAUUCCAGCACUGUUUUGGUGUCGUUAGAGGAACUUCCGCUGUGUUAUUGCUUUUGCUUUUGGACUCUCUCGCGAGAAGACAAAGAAAGAGGCGACUUGUUUCUUUGUCUUGAUUUAUGAUUAAUAAAUCCAUAGUUGUAGUAUGCUUCCAUAAGCCUCACACCUAUUCUGUGUGCGCAGUUUGCUCUGCUAAUAUAAUGUGCCCUGGCUUUGAAGCCUGGGUCGCUGAUUUACUUCGGAGCAGAGGCCGAUGGGUCUUCACAGCGGGGCGGCUGGAAGGAGACGACCCAGCUGGGGCUAGCCAGCUGGCCUCACGGCCCUCUGCAUGUCGACACUAUGUUCAUUGCUUCCAGGGGGAAAAAAAUCCAUUUGCAACCCUGUUAACCUCAAAAAAUCAUGGGAUGAAAAUUGGGGCCGUAUUCUGAGCACACAGUUCUUUCCCACCAUUUUCAGGGGUGAAUUGCAGAGAAACAGAAGCACACGUGUGCCACACGCCACCCACUGGUGAGAAUGAAAUUUAGUGCAACAUGGUAUAGCGAUCAAAAAGACAUCGUUCCACAAUGCAACAGGAAAUGCAGUGUAAAAGGAAUGUUGUAGAAUGGGACAGAAGCACUAGCAUUAUAACCUCAAGUCUGAAUGCUGAGAGACAGACAGACAGACAGACAGACAGACAGAGAAGCUCAGCUAGGUUAAAAGAAAGAGAGAUAUAAACAAUAAAAUAAAUAAAAUAAAAUCAUUGCUAUUCAUCUCAUUGUGUAGUAACACUCCAGCCAACUGCUCGCUACUGCUACGACACCUUAUUUAUUUUGCAGCAGUGGGAAAGGUAUAACUAACUGAAGGAAAAUAUAUUUUGGAGCACAAUCUGGAUCAUUUGACUGAGAAAUUAAAAUUAAAGUCAAUUUAAAAUUAAUUAAAAUGGCUAAUCCACUUUCUGAAACUUGUGUACCUAGGUGGUGGAGCUUGGAGUUCACCUCCUGAAGAACCAGCCCAAGCUGAGAUCAGGCUGGUGAAUGGUUCGAGUCGCUGCAGUGGGAGAGUCGAGGUGCUCCAUAAUGGAGAGUGGGGCACUGUUUGUGAUGACAGCUGGGGUAUCGAGGAAGCCAGAGUAGUAUGUCGGCAACUGGGCUGUGCAGCUGCAAUAUCAGCCCACCGUGAAGCAUAUUUUGGAAGAGGAGUUGGUCGCAUCUGGCUAGAUGAACUCAGAUGCACAGGGACAGAAUCAGACCUCAGUCAAUGCCCAGCAAGGGCUUGGGGAGACAAUGACUGCCAUCACGGAGAAGAUGCUGGCGUUCUUUGCUCAGGUAGGUUAUUCAGCAAGGUAAACACAUGUCCUUGAUCAGAUGUGCAUCCCUACAAGCCCAUGGAGGUGUGAAUUUCAAAAUUUGUGUUCUAGAGUCACAGCACAUCAUGGGGAUGUUGCAGUGAAAUGCAGGGUAGCAAUCAAAUGCAGAGUCCAAUCUGGGUAAAAAAGUAGAAUUGCAUUUAUUGUUACAAAAUCAAAAUGGGGUUAAUCAGUGUGAUUAAAAUGAAAGCUGCCUGAGACCUUUCUCAACAUGCAGCCAUAGGGAUAGGAUGCAUGGUCUGUAUGCCCCUGAGCACAGGCACCAUCUUUUCUGUAAACCAUGUAUUUUUUAAUCUAGAUGUCUAUUUUGCCUUAAUUAAGUCUGCAGCUUUAUGUAAGUAAACAAUAGUUUUAUAUUGUUACAUUACAGACUUCUGUGUUGCUAUUUUAUUUAUAUAGGGAUAAAUAAAGGGGAAGCUCCAGUCUCCCAAAGGUGUCCUGGAUAAUUUUAGAAAGCUGCACAGCUUUGUCCCAAGUUUCCACAUUAAUGCUGCAAAGGGUGGUAUAUAUUUUUUAACUCUGCUAAACCAGAUGCUAAUCUUACUCAAGUGAGUAAGAGGAAGAAUAAUAAAUAAAUCAUAUAUCCUAACCUACCUUCCAAAUCCAUCCCAACACAUGAAGCCAUUGACUCCACCCCACCCCCUUAGUCAUAAGGUGGUGAGGAUGGUUACCUUUUUUGCCUUCAAAAUGUAAAUAGAGCUGGAGGAGGAAGUCAAAAGUGUGACACACUUUCCCACUUCCUCUUUCAGCUCUAUGUGCUUUUCAAAGCUCAGAUUAAUUCUAAUGAGUCUCAUUUUUACCCAGACCCCUUGGACAGUGAGGUGUGCAUGCAUCCUCUCUCUCUCUCUAACUCUUAUGGGAGGGCUCUGAUCUGGGGAGGGUGGAAAAAAGUGAGGGGGGGAGUCACACCCACAGCAUUCAUUCAAUAUAACAAAUUUGCCUUGGACCUAGAAAGGUUGAUAACCCUUGAGUUACUUCAUGGAGGAGAUACGUCAGUCAGGGAUGAUUAAAAAUGGCAGAUAGAAACCAAGCAACAGUGUCCACUGGUGAUGCUAUGUCUCUAGAACUCUGGGAACACACCAAAGAAAAUGGAUUCCAUCAACACCCCAUGUUCAACAUGCACAAGGAAUCUGAUGGGCUACUGACAAAGGUGAAAUACUGAAAGGAUCAUUGGUUUUGCUGAGAAGGUGAAUUAUUAUGUUUUUCCCUUUUCUCUCUAAACAGAGGUGAGACUGGCAGGUGGUUCGUCUCCAUGUACUGGCAGGGUCGAGUUGCUUCAUAACCAAAGAUGGGGAACAGUGUGUGACAAUGGAUGGGACUUAGCUGAUGCCCAUGUUGUGUGCCGGGAAGUAGGCUGUGGAGCUGCUCUAAAAGCAACUCUUGCAGCUAAAUUUGGACAGGGAUCUGGCCCCAUCUGGAUGGAUCAAGUGAAUUGCACAGGGGAUGAAGACAGUCUAAGGAAAUGUCCGCCAAAAACAUUGACAGAACACAGCUGUGCCCAUAGCAAGGAUGCUGGUGUGGAGUGUGAAGGUAAUAAUCUAUGGAUUUGUACAACUAAGGAACUAUGAAAAUUUAAAAUAAUAAUCACAUACUCUGUCCCCGAGCCUGGAGAAUAUAUAUUUCAGCUACUCAUUUAACCAUGGGAAAGUAGUGCCUAGUCUAGAACUAGCAGCUAAAUGACAUAUAACCUUAACAGCAUCAGGAACCCAAUCUGGAGUGAGACCAUAAUAUGGGUUGUGGUAGGAGAGCUUUAAUACUCAGAUGUUUGAGGCCCCUGCACUAUGAAUUGCUUUGCAAAAAGAAGAGGGGGGGAAAAGAGGGAUAUAUACAUAUAUAUAUAUAUAUAUAUAUAUAUAUAUAUCUUCAAUGCUAAUUGUUGGAGAAAUCCUUUAAUUCCCGUAUGCCAUGAAGUUUGGGCCAAGUACUCUUUGGUGAAAGAACCCCAACAGAGAUGUAACAUGGCAAAACAUGUAACAAAAUAAAGCAUGGAAAUAUAGGCUGUAAAACCUUUAAAAAUGUGCCCCUCCAAGUAAGCUCCAAAGAUGACCUGCUUGAAAGCUUCUUCCAAAGUUUCCUACUAAUCCUAUCAUAGAAAAAACAAACAUGUUUUUAAAGCUAUGAAUUGGUUUAUUUACAAACCUUCCUUAGAUCACACUCAUGUGCUUUUCCAUACAGCAGUCAGAUGGGUUGCAAAGGCAGUAAAAUGUAGCUUGGUUACAAAAUGGUAAAAGCUCCUAAACUAUUGGCAUAGGGAAAUGCUAAUUUUGGACUCCAUUCUGGUCUGAAACAAAAGAGGCUGGUGAAAGCCAUGCGGCUAAGCUGGAGCAAUCAGCUCAUAUGUCCUCACACACCGAAAAGGUAGACUGGAGGAAACAAAGACUUAAUUGCCCAUUUUAUCCCAAGGUGAGGGGAAGUGACAUAGCUAAGUCUGGCUUUAACUUCUUUGUGCAUUAAUUAGACUUAAGCAUUUGGUUAAAUGAGGCUGGUUAUUCCACACUCAUUACAGGCUUGCUCCUCAAAUCUAAAUGGGUACCAGAAUGAAGGGCAAAGGGUGGCUGGCCUGUCUUCAUUAGCUUUUUACACUUGCUGAUUCCAGGAAAUUAGUUUCUAGUACACCACUUAAUUCACACAGUUAAUUAACACUCCAAGCAUUGAUUAAAUGCCAACAUAUACUAGAUCCAGGAAUUUAGGGAAAUACAGCACUCACAAACUCUGGCACCCACAGACUCAUAACACUGUGCAUAUCUGUAGGCAUCCCAGAGAAUCAAAAUAAGAUUGUGGUAGUAGCAGAGGACAGGGAAUUGGUGGAAACAGUUAUGCAUGAAACUAACUCAAAAAAAAAUUUGCCCAUUAUUUCUCAAUGUUUUCCUCAUUCUCAGAACCCCCUGAGCUCAGAUUAAUAAAUGGCCCCAAUCACUGUUCUGGGAGAGUUGAGAUCCUGCACGAUAAACUCUGGGGGACCAUAUGUGAUGACGAUUGGGACCUUGAUGACGCUGCAGUCGUGUGUAGUUAUCUUGGCUGUGGAACUCCUAUAUCAGCCCCACGAGGUUCUCGUUUUGGAGCAGGAACUGGUCCCAUUUGGCUGGAUGGCGUUAACUGUACAGGGUCAGAGACUGCCAUCAGCAAAUGCCAAGCAAAAGACUGGGGAGUACAUGAUUGCACCCAUACAGAAGAUGCCGGUGUUGUAUGCGCAGGUAAGGCACACUUUCCCCCAAUCAGAAAUGAAGCAAAGAGCAUGGGAGGAUAUUAUUGUUCAACUAUUUUGUAUUAGUGGAUAAUCCUCGCCAAUAAGAGUCCAACAAGUCUGUACUUCAAAGAAUGGAAUCAUAGAGUGGGGAGGGGUCUCUUGUAAGUCAUCUAAUCCAAACCUAUGCUCACUUCCCCCCGCCCCAAGGUGUUUCAGUGAUAUUAUCCACCUAUUCUUGCUCAAGGAAUUCUCUGCAGGAUUACUUUUUUGGUGUUUAAACUCUUUUUUUGUCCCAUCAGAGCUUCGCCUAGUGGACGGCACAACUCGCUGCUCAGGGCGGGUCGAGGUGUAUCACAACAAGCAGUGGGGAACAAUUUGUGGUUCUGAUUGGGAUAUGAAUGAUGCCCACGUCGUGUGCAGGGAACUGGACUGUGGACAACCUGUAACAGUGUCAGGCAGUGCACGGUUUGGCCAAGGAUCUGGUACUAUCUGGCUAGACAGAGUUAACUGCACAGGAAAAGAAGCAGCUCUGAGUGAAUGCCAAAAAAGACCCUGGGGAGAGCAUACCUGUGACCACAGCAGGGAUGCAAGUGUGGAGUGCUCAGGUAAUUUUGUACUAUGUGAUGUAGUUCAAAUCCAUUCUUCAUUACAGUCAGGUACUCUACCAAGGUAAAUUAUCUAGAUGAAAGCUCUGAAGGAAGUAGGUUGUGGCCUAAAAAGAUGGCAGAAGUGUUUGGCAAUCACCCUGAAAGACAAUGCAAGUAUUUAAAAUAGUGCCAGUUCCACCAAAAGCAAUUGCAAACUUCAGCUUCUUUUCACCUCCCUACCAGCCAGUGGCAAGGACUAGCUAGACUGAAACUUCCAUAAUUGUUUGUCCUAGUCUUUGUCCUAGAAGACGUGUCUGACAGAACAAUAGCUCAUAGCAGCAAGCCAUUAAAAACCAUCUUGCAUCUUCUAGUCUUCGGUGUCCACUGCAGGAGUUGCUUUCCAGCCACUAGCAAAAUGAAAGCCUUAAAAUGUAGCACUCUUUAAGUCAAGAGUGGGGAACCUUCAGCCUGUGGGCUUAAUUGGGCCAAAUGGUUGGUUGAACCAACCAUGCUCACCUGUUCUACACCUUCAUAUAUAUAUAUAUAUAUAUAUAUAUAUAUAUAUAUAUAUAUUCAUAUAUGACAUCAGGUGCCAGGUAGGUUCAGUUCAACCUGGUUCAGUUGAAAUAGCGUUUUCAGAUGGCACCUGCAAAGCCCUAUAGAAAGUGCUCUUCAUGGGGUGUCACAAUUAUUAUUAUCAAUUAAAUUUGUUGGUCACUUUUUCUUGCCCAAGGCAACUCAAAGCAACUUACAACCAAACAACACCGGCCCCACCCCCCAUUCAUUAAAGCCAAGGUGAGGAAUACAUUUAAAACAUCCCACCCACUUCUAAGUUUGAAGCCAAAGGCCAAGAGAUAGAGGAAAGUUUUUGGCCGUGAUGAUGAGGACAACAACAACAACAAUUUUGAUUAUUUAUACACCGCCUAUCUGGCUGGGUUACCCAUUCACUCUGGGUAGCUUCCAACACCUAUAAAAACAUAAUAAAAUAUCAAACAUUAAAAGCUUCCUGAUGCAGGGCUGCCUUCAGAUGUCUUCUAUAUGUUGUGUAGUUCUUUAUCUCCUUAACAUCUGAUGGAGGGUGCUACACAUGGUGGGCACCACCUCUGCCUGAUUCCCUGUAAUUUCACUUAUCGCAGUGAGGGAACUACCAGAAAGCCCUCGGAGCUGAAUAUCAGUGUCCAGGCUGAACGAUGUGGGUGGAGAUGCUCCUUUGGGUAUACAAGGCCAAAGCUGCUUAAGGCUUAGGGCUUUAAAGGUCAGCACCAACACUUUGAAUUGUGCUCAGAAACGUACUGGGAGCCAGCGUAGAUAUAUAAUGAUGGUGCUAGGAAAGCCUUCCACAAGACUUUCAGGUCUUGUGGAGCAUGUUGCAAACAGCUUUGCCAAGGUCUUCACAAAGUCCAACAAUCAGCUGAUUGUCAGGUCUUGCAAAGGAAAGACCCUUGCAAAGCCCUCUGCAAGUCCCAGCGAUUAGCUGAUUGUUGGUGAUUUUCCCAUCUGUCAAACUUAGACUGCAGUGGAUGGGGGAGAUAAUGAGCUGGGAAACCAACCAGAUACAAGUCCUUUUUGCUAACAACUGAUAAAGCAUCUGCAGUGAACAGAAUGUUCCAUAGUCACAUGGAGAGGGGUCACGAUGAUGAUAUAACAGCUUGCCUAAGGCUACCACUUAGCUACUACACAUAAGUCUGAGGAAAAUCAGCCAAUCUUUUCCAGUUGAGCCUAGACAUCAGCUGUUUGAACCACUAUUUGUCCUUUUGGAGACAAUAGGGUUUCAGAUUUCCAGAAGCCAACCUGCCAGGCCAAAGACACAGUUGUAAAGGAGAGAACCUCUUGUUCACAUUCACCAAGAUGACCAGACCCAUGUACUGCACCUGCAUUGCUUUCACAAUGAUCAGUUACACACUUGAGUAACCUCAGUAUUACUGGAUGGAUUGCCACAAAUGGGAACAAAAGCAAGGGAGGCUGGAGAACUGGAAAGUGGAAAAAAUAACCAUUCCUUUGACUUUUUCAGACCCCCAUGAGAUCAGACUGGUGAAUGGUACAAGUCGCUGUGCUGGGAGAGUUGAGGUGCUCCACAACCAGCAGUGGGGGACAGUGUGUGAUGAUGGCUGGGAUCUGAACAGUGCCCAAGUCGUGUGCAAGGAACUUGACUGCGGAGUAGCCUUGGCGGCUCCCCGAGGAGCUCAGUUUGGAAGAGGUGAAGGCAACAUCUGGCUGGAUGACGUCAAAUGUAAAGGGACAGAAGCUGCCCUCAGAGACUGCCGCCUCAAAGCCUGGGGAGAACAUAAUUGCAAUCAUGGAGAAGAUGCUGGUGCUGUGUGCUCAGGUAAUGGGAGACCACUAGGGAGUGCCAUACUAUGGCUGUAGAAAGUGGCUAAAAGUUGAAGGAGCUGUUUUGUCAACAGUGGGUUUCUCUAGAGCUCUACUACUGAUAAUAAUUAUAGAAGAAGAACAAUCUUCAAUGGAUCUUUCUCCCUUUCUUCUUUCUUUCCUUCCUUCCUUUCCACAUCCCUCAUUAGAUAGGCUCAACAGGACACCUUGCUAAUUUCAUCCACCCCUUUAAACUUCAUCUAUUUGUUUUUGUUUUUAUGGAUACAUACACAAUUUGUUUUCUGAGCACAUGUUCCACACAAGAAGUUCACAACAUAAGUAAACAAGCUUGCUAUUUCAGCACUCCAGAAACCAGCUAGCUUUUUGUUCAUGCUUCUUUGUUCCCUGUUUUAUAUUCAACAACUACACAGGAAGUUGUCCAGUUUCCAAACAAGGAAGAGGAGCACUCUGUCUGAGACAUAACCAAAUGAUACAUUACAAUUAGGGAUGGAUAAUCCUUUUUUCUCUCAGGGCCAUAUUCCCAUGGGAGUAACUUGUCAGGGUCUGCAUGCAGCAGUGGGUAGAACCAAAAUGGGCCGGGUUUUACAAACAUUGUAGGAUUGCAUAACUGUCCUUCUCUCCCUCCCCUCCCUCCCCUCUUCUCUCUCUCUCCAUCUGUGCCACCCCAUAUCUAUAGGCUGAGUUAAAUUAUGCCAAGAACCACAAGUUCCCCACCCCUGCAAUAAGUGCACGGUGAUAUUUCUUUAAAAGAGAGGAGGAAUAGAGCCAGCUGUGGAAGGCCGGUCCAGAUUAGGGCUGUCUGAGGGGGUUUCAAUUCUUUCCUCCAUUGUGUUUUCCUUAUGAAAAUUCCCUCCUCAUAGAUGGUACUUAACCCCUGUAAAACUCGCAAAGAUUUAUCAUAAGAGUGAUAAUCUAUGUUGGAAAUGAAAAAGAAGGUACUUUUUAUCAUAUGUGGUGGACUUGUCCCAAGGUGAAAGACUUCUGGGGAAAGAUUUAUAAUGAAUUGAAAAAAAUGUUGAAAUAUACAUUUAUUAAGAAACCAGAGGCCUUUCUUCUUGGAAUAAUAGGUUUGGAAUUGCCCCCCAAAAGAUGUUAGAUUGUUUUUGUAUGCCACAACUGCUGCUAGAAUUUUGUUGGCCAAAAAUUGGAAAUUACAAGAAGUACCAACAGUGGAGGAAUGGCAGAAGAUGAUGGACUUUUCGGAGCUAACCAACCUGACUGGAAGAGUCCGCGACCAGAAGGAGGAGGAGUAUCAAGAGGAAUGGAAGAAAUUUAAAAACUAUUUAGUUAAAUAUGUUAAGAUAACUUAAAUAGAAUUACUUGUGAGUCUCAAAUCGGCCUAGGUUUUAAAUAUGUGAUGUUGUAGAAUAUUAUGGAUAAAAGUUAAAAUGAAGAGAAAGAAAGAUGUUAAUUGGACCAAGUAAAUUUUAUGUAAAAUUAGUUUUGGAAAACUACUACAAUGAUUUAUAUGGAAACUCAGUCAGGGGGAGUUGAGGAAGUCAUCAAACAAUGUUAACAAAAGUGGCAUUUCUACAGUUAGGAUAUGUUUGUUUGUUUGUUUUUUGAUGUUUUCUUUUUAUGUUUGAUAUGUUUCUUUUAAAUCUGGAAAAUUAAUUAAAAAAUUGGGGGGAAAAGAAAAUUCCCGCCCCACUCUCAAUUUGAUAUUCACCUUGGGAGGAUGUAAAUGGCCAUUUCUGAGGCAAACAUCAGCAUUCGUUGAGGGAAAUGGUAUGGGGAACAGCUUCUCCUCAUGGGAAGAAAAAUGACUUGAUGUAUUCAUGCCCUUUGUGAGAUGAGGCGCAGCCUCCUUAGCUAUUAGACAUGAGAUGUUCAAGAAACUUGCCAAUAAUGUCUUGGCUUAAUGAGUGGCGUCCUUCAAUAUUUUAUUUCCCAUCAGAACUCAGGCUGGUGAAUGGCUCAAGUCGUUGCUCAGGAAGAGUGGAGAUCUUCCACAAUCAUCAGUGGGGCACUGUGUGUGAUGAUCGCUGGGGCCUUAAGCAGGCUGAGGUCAUCUGCAAAGAGUUGGGCUGUGGCGUUGCUUUGAAAGCUCGUACAAAAGCUGCAUUUGGACGAGGAACAGGGCCCAUCUGGUUGGAUGAUGUGAACUGUCAAGGAACAGAAACAGCCCUCAGUCAGUGCCCAGCAAGCUCUUGGGGGAUCAAUAACUGCAAUCAUGGAGAAGAUGCUGGUGUUGAGUGUGCAGGUAAAUUAUAUUCCAUGCUUAAUGGUUUGGAACAUACAUGUUCCUAUUACAUAAACCUGCGUCCCUCUUGCAUGAAGCUUUGGAGACCUUGCACUGCAGGCCCUUGUCUUCCAAUCUCGGGUUGGCUGGGAUGCAGGACCAAGUCUUCUUCUUUGCCUAGACUAUGUAUAUUGGAGAAGGAAUAGCAGGGGAACAGGGCUCUAGCACUUUAGAGCAGGAGCAAUGAGCACCAGGGAAACUGAAAUACUUUCUUUGAUGUGGCGACCGAAUGAUAACUAAGCUUUCAAGUUUUACAAUGGUUUGUACUGUAUUUGCAUAGAGGAAGACUGAAAAUGAGGUAAAUAAGCAAAGGGUACUUUUUCCGCUUUGAAGGAAUUUGUCCUUCAUGCUGCCUGUUUAAAUGGUAAUCCUUCUUUGCAAGAUUUUUUGCAUUUCUAAUUUAAAGCUAAAAGUUGUUAAAACGGAACUCAUUUUACAAGUUGAACCUAUGUAAUUAGAAGUGAGCAUUACUGAGUUCAAGGGAGCCUAUAAAUCAGGGAUGUGAUUCCAAAUUUCCACAGCUGAAUUCCAGCUUAACUGCUACACCAUCCAUUGCCAGCUUCCUAUUUUAUGACUGUCUGCUGACUCUCAUAAGCUGGGUAUUGUGCUAUGUACUGCUGAUCUAUCUCCCUCUUAAGUUUGAGAAAUUCCCCGAAAGGCAUUUGCAGGAGAUAAUCAGCAGGGACAGGAAACAUCUGUGCUUAAAUAACUCCACUGGUCACCAAUAUGUCGCCAGGCCACAUUUAAGGUCUUGCUGUUAGUAUAGAAAGCCCAGAACCAACUGGGAUCAGCUUACCUCUGGGAGCAUCUUGCCUUGUAUAUCCCAGAUACUUCAAUCCUUAGAAGAAGUACUCAGAGUAGUGUCAUAAGUUCUCAAGGUUCAUCUUAUGUCUACUAAGAGCAGGGUCUUUAGUGUGGAGGCACCAGUCCUUUGAAAUGUGCUUCCAGUGAACAUCAGGUAAGCUCCUAUAGUUUUGGCAUUUAGGAAUCUGCUUAAAACCCAUCUGUUCACCCAAGCUCUCCUUGAGGUGUGAUCAGCCAUGUUGAUGCAUCAGUUCUGAUCUACUGAUGGCUAAUGUGUUUUGUACAUAUCUAAAAUGUACUUUUAUUAUUACUUAAUGCUGUUUACCACCUUGAUGGUUUCCCUUCCCCCUAAUGUGGGCAGCAUAGAAAUUUUGCAAAUAAAUAAAAAGAACUAAAUGUAUUUAUUGGCAAACACAGUUUUGGCGAAACCUUUGUCAGAGUAAUGGAUAGCACUAGCCUCAGUCCAGAUGACAUUAGGUAUAACCCAUACUAGCAUGAGUAAAAUGAAACAUCAUCUUUCUUGGGAGUCUUCUUAAAAUAUCUGUGGCUUUGUGUUUCCAUGUUAUAACUUUUACCAUUCCAGAUCCGGUGGAGCUAAGGCUGGUCAAUGGCAGUCAUCGGUGUUCUGGUAGGGUGGAAGUGUUUCAUCUCAACCAAUAUGGAACUGUGUGCGAUGACAGUUGGGACCUAAAUGAAGCAGUCGUUGUGUGUAGGUACCUUGAUUGUGGAUCAGCCAUAGCUGCCCCCCGUGGAGCUCAAUUUGGGCGAGGAGUUGAUCCCAUCUGGUUGGAUGAUGUCGAAUGUACAGGAACAGAAGCUUCUCUCACUGCUUGCAAGGCCAAGCCUUUGGGAACCAAUGACUGUAACCAUGGAGAAGAUGCUGGUGUUGUAUGUUCAGGUAAUCUGCUCUGGUGCAAUAAAGGUAAAGGGACCCCUGACCAUUAGGUCCAGUCGUGACCGACUCUGGGGUUGCGGUGCUCAUCUCGCUUUAUUGGCCGAGGGAGCCGGCGUACAGCUUCCGGGUCAUGUGGCCAGCAUGACUAAGCCGCUUCUGGCGAACCAGAGCAGCACACGGAAACGCCGUUUACCUUCCCGCCAGAGCGGUUCCUAUUUAUCUACUUGCACUUUUGACGUGCUUUUGAACUGCUAGGUUGGCAGGAGCAGGGACCGAGCAAUGGGAGCUCACCCUGUCACGGGGAUUCGAACCGCCGACCUUCUGAUUGGCAAGUCCUAAGCCGUGUCCCUAUGCUCUGGUGCAAUAUCCUACACAAAAAGGAGGCAAUGACAAGGCAAGCGGGUCAUUCCUAGCCCCAUAAAUCCUCUCAAGGAUUCCUGAUCUUCACAGCAAUCCCUGAUUUGAGCCAUUCUUUUAAAACACCAAACCGCUGUCCUACAUCUUCCUUACAAAGUCUCCUCCUGGUGAUGGUGGCUCCUUGCUUGAGACAGGGAGAUUAUAUGACUCAUCUACCAUGAGCAGGACUUAAUUUUUGCAUGCCACCCUUUGUUUCACAAACAAGAGGUAUUUGAUUGCAUGUUUUAAUUACACAUACCAGCAGCGAAGUACUAAAACAGGUCCGAGCUCAUAGUGGCAGCAGAGUAAUGCAGUUUGUCAUCUACAAAGUGAAACAGGAUCAACUGACAAGUCUGUUAUUUGUUUCCCCUACAAUCUGAAGCUGACUGCAUGUUCAUGAUGGGGAGCCAUCAUCAGAUCCUGCUGAUUUCUGCCAGCUGUUUAGGACAGCCAGGAUGAAAAGGGAAAGAAUCCACCCAAGUCCUGACAUUGGUUUUUUUAAGAGCCACUUGGAGUUGUUCUCUGUGGAGUUAAUCAUUUGACCCUCCCGUUUUAUUCUUAGAUGAUCUCAGACUAGUAAAUGGCACAAAUCGCUGCAGUGGGAGAAUCGAGUUCCGGCCGCCCCACAGUGAUCAGUGGGGAACUGUUUGUGACCGUACGUGGGAUUUGCAAGAUGCUGAAGUCAUCUGCAGGCAACUGGGCUGUGGAAAGGCUUCAGCAGCCCCAGGCGGAGCUCAUUUUGGACGUGGAUCAGGAUCCAUCUGGCUGGAUAAUGUGAACUGUAAAGGCACAGAAGAUGCCAUCCAAGAGUGCAGCUCAAAUACCCAGGGGAACAAUAACUGUAAUCAUGACCAAGAUGCGGGAGUUGUUUGUUCAGGUAACCUGCUAUGGCCCCCUUGUUGUUUCCAGAAUGGGAGUUGGGAAUGACAUGCCCAGGGAUGGGGUGAAGUGAUGGGGGGAAAUUCUCUGUUGGAUGUGAUGGAGGAGCAGAGGGACUAUUAGCACAAGGCACUUUGACUUCCUUCCCCACCCCCAUUUGUGUUGUAUCAAAGUUCUUAAAAUUCUUGUCAGUGUCUCUCAAGGACACCAGCUCCUGGGGGCUGAGGUACUUUGCCCUCCCCCAUCUUUUUUUUUAGGGGUGGCCCCCCUCAAUAUUCAGAGGACCCCACAUGCAGUGCCAGGACACACAAUAUUAGGACGCCACAUUGCUUGGGAACAUUUUUCAGCCUGAGAGGCACAAUCCCUUCUGCAUAGAUUAGUUUCUACACACACCUCACUAUUCUUCCUCUUAUCUAGGCAAGCAAGAAUUCAAAGACAUGCUGCAGUCAGGCAAAAGCAGUGAGGGGUGUGGCCUCGUAGGGCUGUAUUAAGACAUCCUGAGGCCCUACUAUAUGCCAAGUUUAAGACACCGCAUAGCAUUAUCAAAAAUGUGUGUUAGUCUAACAGAAGGGACAAUGGAAACAGUCCUUUCUAUUUGGGGCUUCUCUGGGAGGAAGCACAGCUUAUAAAUUUAACAAAAUGAACAAUAAGGCUUUAUAUUUGCAUAUGCUGGUACAUAGAUGAGGAUGCAAGUAAAAACUAGCAAUCAAACUAAAACAUAGAUCUUGCAAUAAGCCUGAUGUAGUCUGCAUUUGACCUGAACCAGAGGUCACCUGCCAUUGGUGCUGUUUGACAACUUAUGGACAGAUGGCCUAAUGAAAUUUCCAUAUAAAUUAAUAGUUGCUGCAACUGCUUUGCAGCACCUAAACCUGUGGACAGCAUGGAUUUAUAAACACAAUAUAGAAAAUGACAAAUAACUGAGUAGCCAUUAAGUAUAUUUUUGUUAUGUCAGUAUAAUGUCUGUUUCAGAGCCUGUUUUAUUUUUUAACCAAUUGUGUAAAAAGUGAAAUUCAACACAGACACCCCUUCAUAUUUGGAGGGAUGAGCAGAGGCCCAAAAUAAUAACUUAUUUCGUUUGUGCAUAAAUCUGGCACUGUGGCCUGGGGAUAAUUCUGAGGCCCAGAUAGAUUUGGAGACUUCUGGUCUUGCAGGGAGAAUGUCACAAAGAGACAUGUGCUAAGAUGUGGAGUGAAAGGUGCACAAUUUCAGCUUGCCUAAGGUCAGACAGCAGACUUGGGGCAGCAGCCAUGUUUUUCCACCUCCUGCUUUGAAAUUGUUUUCAUUGAGCUUCUUGCUUUCCUUGUUUUUUCCUUGGUCAUGAGAUUCUUGGUGUUCCCAGUUGAAGUGAUGGGCCUGCAUUUCCUGUGUUUUAAUUUUCAGAGCUUGGCAGUUGCUGCAGAUAAACUCUUAUGCUCACAGACCCCCAUCCCUUAUGUGGAUGGGGAACUUUCCAGUCACAUCCUUACACCUGCACUGAUUUUUGUUCAUAUUGGGUUCUCUAUAGAGUCAUCCACCAUCAAUGUGAUUAACAUCAGACUAGAAGAUGGCCCAAACUCCUGUUCUGGGAGAGUUGAAGUCAUGCACCAGCAGCAGUGGGGAACUGUGUGUGAUGAUGGAUGGGGCCUUCCGGAUGCUAGCGUUGUGUGUAAGCAGCUGGGAUGCGGCAUUGCUUUGGAAGCCCUACAUGGGGCACACUUUGGACGAGGCCCUGGCCCCGUCUGGCUGGAUGAUGUGAACUGUACAGGCACAGAAACAUCCCUGAGAGACUGCCGGGGACGUUCCGUAGGAGAACAUGACUGUGAUCACUCAGAGGAUGCUAGCGUGGUGUGCUCAGGUAACUCUUUCGGGGCAUAUAGCACACAUAUAAAUCCUUAAUUUGGAAUGAAUCUCCAACUUUAAAAAAACAAAAUUAAAACAGCUUCAGAAAGCUGUGAUUGUGAGAAAAAUAUUAUCAUUUAGUUUGUUGCACUAUUUAUAAAAGUAUCUCCAUACUGCCAUAUCAUGAAAUAUCAGGGCGGUGUGCAAACGAUUAAAUAUAAAACAGGAGGAGGAAAUUCUGUAGUGACCAAUGCAACAUUUGUAAGCUUCUUUACAUAAUAUCUCAUAUUUUGGCUAAUAUUAUUCAAACUCUAAUUAACAUUCAACUUUUUCUGUUAACUGGACUGAUCUUCCCUAAAGCAUAAUCAAUAAGUUUAAAUGUUUUUUUCUAAAAUUGUGUUUAAAAGAAGAUAUCACCAACAUAAGAGUUUUGCAAACUCAAAAAUUUAUCUGUAACUUAGACAAAUUUUCAAAGUGCUGAAAUGGCAUUGAAGUGGGUACCAAGGAAGCCUUUCUGGGCAGACUGUUGCACAAAGUGCAUCACCUCAGUAGGGAACAACCUGUGACUUCUUCCUCUUUCUUCCUGCAGGUCCUAUGCAAGUGCGAUUGGCUAAUGGCCCCCAUUCCUGUGAAGGGCGAGUGGAACUGAAUCAAAAUGGCACUUGGGUCUCUGUUGGUGACUCUGGAUGGGGUCUUAAAGAAGCCAAGGUGAUAUGCCGGCAACUGGGUUGUGGUGAAGCAUUGUCGGCACCGACGGGAAACCAAUAUGGCAACAGUGUUGGCCCAGCUUUUCUGAAUGAAGUGCAAUGUAUUGGAGAAGAAGCAUCAGUCACCGAAUGCUAUGCCGCCCCCACAGGCCCCCAUAAGUGCAUCUGCAACUCCUACGCUGGAGCAGUGUGCAAGGGACAUGCAGGUACUUCUGUGAUCCAGCCUAUUCUUAAUGAACACUUUAAGGGGUUUAGGGGAGCAAAUCUGACAAUUUUUACUCUCUGCUUCUUUCACAGCCUCUUCUACAGCCGCUGCAGUGAUCCUGAGUCUCUUGGCUGCUGCUGUGCUCAUAGGUGCUGCUGCUGUGCUCUACCUGAGGAAAAGGAGAGGAAAAUCAAUUUGGGUUAACCCUUUAGCUGGAAGAGGAGGUAAGAAUGUGCCAACCAAUUUUCCAGUCUAGCUCACCUGAUUGCCAAUCCCAGGGCUAGUCUGCACUGAUGUUUUUGCAGAAAGUAACCUGUGCAGUUCCCACCUGAUAGCCAUCUCCUGCCCUGAAUAGCUCACCUCUUCCAGGUUUCGUUUCACUUUCAGUGCACAAGUUAUAAAAUAGUAUUUCUGGAGUGUGUCCCAAAUGCUACACACAAGAACAAGAAUUCCGCAUUAUAUACAUUUAUUUAAAUUCAGUACAGUUGUACCUUGGAAGCCAAAUGCCUUGGCUCCCGAACAAAUUGGCUCCUGAACAAUCGAAACCCGGAAGUGAAUGUUCUGGUUUUCAAAUGAUUUUCGGAAGCCGAAUGUCUGGCUGUAGUUCCUGUGGUUCCAAUAAGAAGAGAGUGCAAGGAUCUGUUGCUGGAAUAUAAUGGGAUUUUGGAGUCUUGAGAUCACUAGUCUGGGAGCUCAAUCAAUUCACUUUUUUGUUUUGUUGCAGAAGCAUUUAUGGAAAACAUCACUGUUGGAUCGGAUAUGGUCAAUGGCAUUCGAGAGAUAUAUACCAGGGGAAGAGAGCAAAUUGCAUCUGAAGGUGACUCUGAUGGUGACACCAUCCACCUGGUGAAAAAUACUUCUGACUCAGCCACAGACGACGCCAACUGAGAGACAAAGAGCAGGCAAUGGUUCAGACGCUUGUGAGAGAUAAGUUUCAUUCUGGAAGACUGGUUCUUCCUUCUGCCAUCCCCUUGCAGAAGGACAUAUCCUUCCCACCAGCUCUUGUGCCAUCACCACAAAUGUUCAGAGAUUUGCUGGGAUCCCUAGGAAUAUUCAGAUAUCCCAAUUUCUGGGAGUAAGGGACAUUAGGAAGGGGCAGAAGACAACAAACUAGAAGACCUUAGAAAUAUCAAUGGUGCCAAAGCUUGGGGGGUGGGGAGGUUGUAGAAAGUUUGUUUCAAAACUUUGCCUUUCUUGUCAUUAACCUUGCAUUAUAGCACAUACUGAUCACAUAGUAAAUAGUAAGACCCAGGAACUGUGCCUUCUGCUGCUAUUCUAACGCAUUUGCAGGAAUUUUUUCAGUACAAUUUUCCUAUUGGGAAAGGGGUCAGAUUCUGACAAGUGUCUCUACAACAUUAAAAGUGAGGUGAUACAGUCCUUGCAUGAGGACUGUACCACUUUGUUGAUCAUACACCUUAAUUGCCAUUUCCUCCCACCAUCCAAGUGCUAACCGGAACCAACCCUGCUUAGCUUCUGUGUUUUUAUGGGGCAGCACAGCCUCAAUGUCCUUGCUUUAAAAUCUAACCCAUAGUAAAUUGGCCAGUUGUUCAAUGAGGGAAAUUGCUCAAUUGCAUGUGCUGUUCCAGAUGAGUUAAAUUUUUGGAUUUGCCUGUUUAUUAAACAUUGAUACUAGACUUAAAAGUUUGUCUUGUAGCAUGACCCUAAGCACACCUACUCAGAAGUAAACUGCAAUCAACACAAGUAGGAUUGCAGCCUUAACAGGGAAAAGCAAAAAUGGGACAAUCCCGAUUCCCAAGAACCCAGGAUGGUUUUGAACAUAAUCAUUCUUCCAGCUAUACCAAGAAGAGGAGCAACAAUAUUGUGCUCCUAUAUUGCAGUUAAUGUUGACCACUGUAGACUGUGUUCAGACACUGUUUCAGCAGUGAUCAUCUAACCAGGAACCCAAUUUAGCAAGAUGUGGACAUGAUGCAAUAAGGUUGCCAAGCUGGCACCAAACCCCAGUGGAACCCAUUACUAGAAAUAGCCCAGUCAUAGAAGUUUGUCCAAUACCUUUCUUUAAAAAUGGGGGGGGGGGGGAGAUUCUGCUUCAACUCUUGCCCAAAAAACAUGAUGCACAUAUUUUUAUUUCAGAACCUGCAAACUCUAUAGGACACACUUAUUCAUUCAUAAUCAGUUUGCAUAAUCAGUUUACAUAGUCAUCCCCACUCCUGGUUUAAUAUACCUUGUCAUAAACCAGAGGGGUGCUUGUGUGUUUCUUGUUUUCUCUCCAGCUGAACUUGCUGUCUCUCCCUAUUGCAGAUGCCAACACACAGAAUCCCCAGCCUUCUUACUGGAAUUCAGAUUGCCUCCAUAUAUGCAUUUAUAUUUCAAUCCAAGGAAGUAGAUUAGAGGAGAAGCAGCAGAAGCAGGAAAGUGCCUGGGUAAACAGCAAUUCCCCCUUUCCCCAGUUUACUGUGCCUCUCUAGGGGUCACCUUUACUUCUCCCUUGUUUUUUUUUUAACCCUUGGAGUUGCUCGGGGUGGGGUAGGGUCACCAAGAGCUGCUUGACCUAGCCAACUUUUUUUGACAGAGGCAUGAAGCGGCAACAAGAGGCAGAAAUGCAACUGGUGCAGUGCAACAAAUGUAGGGUUGUGCAAGGGAGGCUGAGUGUGGCUACUCUCCCCAUACGUCCUAGGAAUAUUUAUGUAUCAAGUGAGUUCAAAUCCACGUUGGUGAAUAUUAGCACAGAACAGGGAGUGAUUCUGGAUUAGCUGAUGCAGAGCUUGCAUAUAUAAUGGAGCACGCGGGUGAGGCUAAUACAUAAUCAGAGACUUCCCAUAUAACACAACCUUUCUUUCUUUUUAAUAACCACACAGAAUUCUCUCUGGAAUUAUUGGUGCCGAGGGUAGUUCAUUCUGUAUUCAUAAAACCAGUGCUUUUUUUCCUAAAAAAAUGUUUAAGGGUACUCUCAUUUUGACUCAAGAAAAUCACCAUUUUAUACUUCAAAUCGGGGAAAAUAAAUACAGUAAAUGGACAAAAGUAGAAAGAUUCACAAAAUGUUUAGGGGUAUGCGUACACCUGCAUACCCCCAGAAAAAGCACUUCGUAAUACAGUAAUUAAACAGAACAAAUCACUGUUUCACACAUAAACAUUAUUAGACGAGAAUGGGUGGUUGGGAGGGCAGGAGAAUUUUUUCUACCUAUUCUCAGAUUAUCAAGAUUACCGUAUUUUUCGUUCUAUAGGACGCACCGGUCCAUAGGACGCACCUCGUUUUUUGGGGGGGGAAAUGAAUAAAAAAAAUUAUUCCCCCCCCCCGCGGCUGCCGCCCCAAGCCUCGCAUGCUUGGGCUGCAGGCUGCCGCCUCAAGCCUCGCACGCUCGGCGGGACCUCCCACCGGGCGCGCGAGGCUUGCAGACACUCGCCCGAAGCACGGGAGCCCUCCGGAGGGCUCCCCGUGCUUCGGGCGACAAGCUGCAGCCCCAAGCCUUGCGCGCUGGGCGGGACCACCUGCGGGGCGCGCCAGGCUUGCAUACACUCGCCCGACGCAAGGGGAGCCCUCCGAAGGGCUCCCCGUGCUUCGGGCGACAAGCUGCAGCCCCAAGCCUUGCGCGCUGGGCGGGACCUCCUGCCGGGCGCGCAAGGCUUGCAGACACUCGCCCGAAGCAAGGGGAGCCCUCCGGAGGGCUCCCCGUGCUUCGGGCGACAAGCUGCAGCCCCAAGCCUUGCGCGCUGGGCGGGACCUCCUGCCGGGCGCGCAAGGCUUGCAGACACUCGCCGAAGCACGGGAGCCCUCCGGAGGGCUCCCCGUGCUUCGGGCGACAAGCUGCAGCCCCAAGCCUUGCGCGCUGGGCGGGACCUCCUGCCGGAAGCGCAAGGCUUGCAGACACUCGCUCGAAGCACGGGAGCCCUCCGGAGGGCUCCCCGUGCUUCGGGCGACAAGCUGCAGCCCCAAGCCUUGCGUGCUGGGCGGGACCUCCUGCCGGGCGCGCAAGGCUUGCAGACACUCGCUCGAGCACGGGGAGCCCUCCGGAGGGCUCCCGUGCUUCGGGCGACAGGCUGCUGCCCCAAGCCUCGCGCGCUCGGCGGGACCUCCUGCCGGGCGCGCAAGGCUUGCGGACACUCGCCGGGCUGCAGGCUGCUGCCUGCAAGCCUUGUGAGCCCGCGGGAUCUCCCACCGGGCUUGCAAGGCUUGCGGAUAGCUUCCUGAAGCCUGGAGAGCGAGAGGGGUCGGUGCGGGUGCAUUUUUAAAAACUUAAAAAAACUAUUGAAAUGCUAGAGCAGUAAUAGCAUGCAGCAACCAGCAGGUGGCAGCCAUCAUUUUCAGUGCUAGAUUCUCCUUAAAUAAAAUGGGUGCUGGGGUGAAAUGCUAUUUUAAGCAACCACAUCUCCUUUCUAUCUGUCCCAAAUCACAGCAUCCUGCACAGGAAGUAUUGACACCUCCCAGUAUCCCAGGGAUUCAGUAUUCUCUCAGUGCCUGCAAGGAAGGAUCAUAAGAAAGGGAGGAGCAGAGGGGGCCUUACUUUGGGGGUGGCCACUGGCUGCUCUGGGUCCAUCAAGACCAACUAACCCUGCCUUCAAAAUAUUUGCCUGACUAGCACAAAGGGCUGCAGUGGCAGGUAUUCAGUAGCAACAGGGUCCUGAGGACGUUUCGCAUCUUCCUUCUAUGAAAUGUACAAUUAACCUUGCCAGUACAGUGGUACCUCUGGUUACGAACUUAAUUCCUUCCGGAGGUCCAUUCUUAACCUGAAACCGUUCUUUACCUGAGGUACCACUUUAGCUAAUGGGGCCUCCCACUGCCACCGCGCAAUUUCUGUUCUCAUCCUGAGGUAAAGUUCUUAAUCCGAGGUACUACUUCCAGGUUAGCGGAGUCUGUAACCCGAAGUGUUUGUAACCCGAGGUACCACUGUAUGUCUUUUUAAGUUAAUUCACUAACUCAGGCUGGUUCUCUGCAACAGCGCCAGGUGGAAAAAGACAGCAGAGAACUUUACUUUUACACACACACACACACACACACACACACACGGUGAGAAUGUUAUAGACUAUAUUGUGUGCAACCAUGAGUAAAGAACUUUACAGUGGGAGAGCAAUUGGAAAGCGACCUUCAGCCUCUCUGCUUGGAGCUAGUGUGCUUUCAGGGUAUCAUGAAGGACAUGAUGCAUGAGAUCUCCAAUGUACAGCAAGGGAAAUGCAGGCCGAGGUAAAAGUAGAGCAAUGCUGAAUCUUAAAAUAAAGCGAGACACAAUCUUUGUAUGUUAAGUAGGCUCACUUAUGCAAGCACAGACAAUCUGAAGGUGAGGGAAUGGACAGAGAAGCAUCACUUUUAUAGGAGACUGCUAAAAUAUAAACAAACCGUGUUUUAUAUUGAAAUGCAGUCAGCUAUUGAACAGGCCACAAUCGGUAGGGAUUUCACAAAAGUUUGACACUCGGUGACCUGUUAGCUUAAUGAAACAAAAUAUGGGAUUGGUGCUUACUUUAUGCCCAAAUUGUGAGGCAUUCAUUUGAAGCAAGUGUUGUAUUUUAAUUCUGGACCAAGCCAGGAGAAGAAAAAUAAAUAAUAACAAAGAGACAGAUUCCUGGACAAUUUGAAUCGGUGAGCUCCAAAACUAGCAAAACUCUUUACAAAUGUCAACUCUACAGGCAACCCUCAUAGAGACUGGGAGCAAAGUAUUGUGGUCCCGAUCUUUAAGAAAGGAGAGAAAAUCUAACCUGGCCAAUAAUCACCCAAUUUAUUGGACAUUAUAUCCAAACUCUAUGUUUGUUACUUAUUGGAAAAGUUUGAGAAUUGAGCAGAGCAGAACAAUAUCAUUGGGGAUCAACAAGCAUGCUUUUGUCAGGGGAAGUCAACCAUAGAAAAAUGCUUUGUCUUAAACUAUUUAAGACAGAAAUAUGCAGGUGCCCUCAAGAAAUAUCUAUAUGCUGUCUUUGUCGAUCUGACCUCAGUCUUUGAUAGAAUCAACAGAUUUCUAAAAUUAUGGAGGCUGGGGAUGAAUAGGUGACUGUUGACCUUAAUUAAUAUCCUGUACACUAGAAACACAAUGCAAGUUAGAGUAGGCAGAGAUUACCUGGGGCGGAAGUUUGAAAAAAAUACAAACACUUCAACAAUCCAAUGAUGUCUUCGUUAUGUGACCACUGUAGUUGGUGCUGCUUGGUACUGUGGCAUCGCCUGAGAACCACAACAAGGUAACAAUCCUCUGUGUUUCAGGCUUCUGGUUUGCCUGCUCCUCUCAGCCAUUCUGUCCCUCACAACACAAGCAGUGUAUUUAUUUAAACUACUGUUAUUCUACUCUUCAGGCAAAAGGGGCUCCCAAAGCGGCUUGUAAUAAUCAAGAAUAAGAUGGUCCCUGGUAAAAGGUGUGGCACAAAAGGAACAAGGAUUUUGAGAGAGGAAGAAAAAAGUAAACUUGAAGAUUAGAUCUUAGCUACAAAGGUCUUGUAAGUGUUCCUUCCGCCAAGGAAGGGCAAAGCAAGUUCCCUGCAGCUGCUCCUUUUCUGACCAAUGGAUGUGGCCAGGUUGGUCCCCCCUUGCUUUGUGGUUCUUCCUGGAAUGAUGGGGUCGCAGCCCCCCAGUGGCACAUAGACCCCUGGAUAAUGGCAGAGGCCAGAGUGUGCUGCCCGGUCUCUAGCUCAAACUCUGUUACCUACCUUCACUGUCAAGAUCACAGCUCCCAUCUCUACAAAUUCACUCUCAAGAAUCCAACAACUCUUCUUCCUUCUCUCCAGUCUCCUGCCCUCGAGUCCAACUGCCAC